CCCCCCGCGCCCGCUUCCAAGAUGGCGACGGUGAUGCUUGCCCGGCUGCCGGGGUGGCGGUGACGACGGGCAGCAAAAGACCAGGUAUGUGGGCUGGGGAUGGUGGGGAGAGAGGCUCGGAAGAAAGGAUCGGGCGGUCGGAAGGGUGAGAAGUUUUGGGUAACGCCUGGAGACAAGCUUGAGCAGUGACGGGGUCCCAGGUGGAAGCAGGGACGGGGGCCGGGUGGGCUCAUAUUGCAAGGUAGGGCAAACGCAAGAAGAGAUUGGGACGGAAUGGGCGUGCUUCGAAAGAACUGGGUUUUAACCUCCUGCACAGCGUACCAGGACCACACCCGUCCAGGUGAGCCUACCCAGGUACCCCCGACCGUCUCUGCCCCAGCCCCCUCUCUGCCCUUCUCACUUCAGCAAUAAUCCUCCUCCCCACCCCCUCUAGGACUGGGGAAAGGUGGAAAAGGUAGAGGACGCUACCCCCACCCUUCUCCCCGCCGCGCUCCGCAGCUGCUAGCUUGCAGCUCCCAGGUGGUCACACUCCCUGCACUUGCGGAGCUAGCUCCCAGGCACGUGAGGAACCGAAGGAGACUGUUUCCUGCUUUGCCCUGGGUACUCUUGAGGCCACUCCACGGUCCUGACAUGACUGUCUCGCCCCUUGAACAGGUUCUCGAUCUGGGAGAAAAACAAUGUCUACAUUAGCUGACCUGUCCCCACUCAAACAAGUUCGUCCUGUUGGAGUGGGGGUAGGGGGGUGGUUAAAUAGGAAUCUGACACUAUCACUCCUGGGUAGCCUGGGAGAGAGGCCAGGGACUUAGCAUCUCCUCCUCCUCCUCCUCUUUUCUUUCCAACCACUUUCCUUCAUUUCCCCUACUGGGAAACUGGCUUCCCCCAUCUUGAUCUCUGCCUGUGCAGGUAGUUAGUUACCCUUUACCACUUCUGUUCCAGCUGGUCCCAGAUUCGCUGCUGGAGUGCUGGAUGGAAGCUUUCUCUGUCCUAUGUGACAUUUCCAAUUUUAGAUAAUGCCUCACAUCUCUGUCCCCCCGGGACCCCCUGGAGCCCCCAUGAUCCCGAAGAAGACAGCUUGAACCUAGGUGAGUCUGUUUCAUUUCCUCUAACAUUGGAAGAGGGGUUCUCCAGAGACUCUACUGAAAUGAACAUGGGACUUGAAUGAUGUAAGCAUUCUUGGGGGUGGGGACUUGAGAGUAAAUGGCAGGUGUGGUUUGGGGGGAGGUGGAGGAGAGUGAAACUUGGGCUGAAGUGACAGGUGGUAGGGCUGCCAGUGGUUAGGUUCUAUUUUGCUUCCUUGCGCGACUGUACACCUGUGUGCUCCCUUCUGUGACUUUGUUCUCUGCCUGUUUUUCUUCUUUACCCCUGGCAUCACCUUUAUCCCUAUCUGCUGAGCUCCCUGCUGGCUUGCUCUCUUCCUGCCUACCCCCAGUACCCCCCUCUCUCCCUUCCCAGACCUCACCCCAGGAUGUUGCGGAGGCUGCUGGAGCGGCCCUGCACGCUGGCCCUGCUUGUGGGCUCCCAGCUGGCUGUCAUGAUGUAUCUGUCACUGGGGGGCUUCCGAAGCCUCAGUGCCCUAUUUGGCCGAGAUCAGGGGCCGACAUUUGACUAUUCUCAUCCCCGUGAUGUCUACAGUAACCUCAGUCACCUGCCUGGGGCCCCUGUUGCCCCAGGGGGUCCUCCAGCUCCUCAAGGUCUGCCCUACUGUCCAGAAAGAUCUCCUCUCUUAGUGGGUCCUGUGUCAGUAUCCUUUAGCCCAGUGCCAUCACUGGCAGAGAUUGUGGAGAGAAAUCCCCGGGUCGAACCAGGGGGCCGAUACCGCCCUGCAGGAUGUGAGCCACGUUCUCGAACAGCCAUCAUUGUGCCCCAUCGUGCCCGGGAGCACCACCUGCGCUUGCUGCUCUACCACCUGCACCCCUUCUUACAGCGCCAGCAGCUUGCUUAUGGCAUCUAUGUCAUCCACCAGGCUGGAAAUGGAACAUUUAACAGGGCAAAGCUGCUGAAUGUAGGGGUGCGGGAAGCUCUGCGUGAUGAAGAGUGGGACUGCCUGUUUUUGCAUGAUGUGGACCUCUUGCCAGAAAAUGACCACAAUCUGUAUGUGUGUGACCCUCGGGGACCCCGCCAUGUUGCUGUUGCCAUGAACAAGUUUGGAUACAGCCUCCCGUACCCCCAGUACUUUGGAGGGGUUUCAGCGCUCACUCCUGACCAGUACCUGAAGAUGAAUGGCUUCCCCAAUGAAUACUGGGGCUGGGGUGGUGAGGAUGACGACAUUGCUACCAGGGUGCGCCUGGCUGGGAUGAAGAUCUCUCGGCCCCCCACAUCUGUGGGCCACUAUAAGAUGGUGAAACACCGAGGAGAUAAGGGCAACGAGGAAAAUCCCCACAGAUUUGACCUCCUGGUCCGUACGCAGAAUUCCUGGACACAAGAUGGGAUGAACUCACUGACAUACCGAUUGCUGGCUCGAGAGCUGGGUCCUCUUUAUACCAACGUCACAGCAGACAUUGGGACUGACCCUCGCGGUCCCCGGGCUCCCUCUGGUCCCCGUUACCCACCCGGUUCUUCCCAGGCCUUCCGUCAAGAGAUGCUGCAGCGGCGGCCCCCUGCCAGGCCUGGCCCUCCACCUACUGCCAACCACACAGCCCUCCGUGGUUCACGUUGACUCCUCCUUCCUGCCCACCUUAAUCAUGAAACUGAAUUUGAGGGGUUGUAUUGUCCGCACCCCCCAGCUCCUCACUGCUCUUAGAGGGAUGUUGGGGAACUGAACUCUAGUGCUAUACCGGGGGGGCAGGGGCCUCUCCUCACUGCUGGACUGGAGCUGGGCUCCACUAGACCUGGGGAGUCCCUCUUUCUAGGGUCUCCUGCAGGGCUUAUGACUGUGAAUCCUUGAUGUCAUAAUUUUAUGUGACGGGCUGGACCCCAAGCCCCUUCUUCUUCCAUGGAGAGAAGAGUGAUCUGGCUUCUCCUGGGAAGUUGUUUGGUGAAGGAAGCCCCUCCCUGGGUACUUUCUGCCAGUGCUGGAGUAGCUCCCUCUCUGGUCCUGGCUCAGGGGGCUAGGAUUUUGAUAUAUUUUCUAAUAAAGGACUUUGUUGUCUUG